AUGCGAGCAGAUGCACAAUUUCUAGGCGUAAACGGCUCACGGCUUCGAAACGCAGAAGCGGACAAACAGCAGACAAGCAGCAUUACAAAUUCCGAUACUACCAGACCUACACUACAAAAAGUUCUUCACUUCGUUUCGCUUUCUUCUCCGCGACAAGGGCGGAAACAGCUUUCCAAGAACGACCGCUACCAGCUCGAAGGAACAGUUUUGACGCACGACGGGGAAACAGUAAAAUUUUUUUCACGGUCGACUUUUCGGGGGAAAAGCGACAUCAAACGAACAACAGCUUCGGGGGAAAGCGGGAACAACUUCGGGGCAACAACAUCCGAAACGACCAGCAAGGGUUGAUCGCCGUCUGGAGUUUCGGAACAAGCUGCACGACCCGGCGAAGGGCGGCAGCUUCUACACGGGGUUCGGGGGAACCGCAAGCGCGUAUUUGGAUUUUGGAAGCGGCAAAUGCACAACGUCUUCACAGCUUCACCAUCUUCCCUUCCGACUACGCGGCCACUUCUUUCGAAAAUCCGCGGAGAAACGGCUCCUGCAGAUUUCCGAGGGGGAGUCCGUGAUAUUGUAGAAAUCCAGCCACAGCACGCACAACAAUCCAGCAAACCGGUCACCUGUUCAGCCUUUCGCCGUUGAAGCACUUCGCAGGGACUUGAGGGAAUUCGGGCCGUGGGAGGGUUUUGGUGAUGAGGAAGCUGAGGGAGACAGCACAGGCACUAUUCGUGAACUCUAGUACACAUUUCGAAUGCACUUUUGAGCUGUGUGGUGCGAUUCCCAUGCGGUUUCGCGAUGCUUUCUUGCGACUUUGAUGGUGACUCUCAUCGAUAGGUGAGAGCUCGGGGGAGCUCUUUUGUUCUUUCUCUUUACAU